UAAAAAAGUAAUCUGGCAACGUGCAUCGUUCCUCUAUCGUUUGGUUUUUUGUUAGUUGUAAGGAUACGAAAAUGGUUAAAUUAACUCCGGAUUUAAUAUUACAGUCGGCUCAAUAUAUUAAUCCCGUUCGAGACAGAGAGUUAGAUUUGAGAGGAUAUAAAAUACCAGUGAUUGAGAAUUUAGGAGCAACUCUUGAUCAGUUUGAUACAAUUGAUUUAUCAGAUAAUGACAUUAGAAAAUUAGAUGGCUUCCCAUUUUUACGCCGAUUGAAAUGUCUUUUGUUAAAUAAUAAUAGAAUAUGUCGAAUUGGUGAUAAUUUGCAAGAAUCACUUCCUAGUUUAGAGAGUUUGAUACUAUCCAAUAAUCACCUGCAAGAAUUAGGUGACAUUGAUACUUUGGCAAGUAUAAAGAAUUUAACCUAUUUGAGUUUGAUGAAAAAUCCUAUCACUACCAAGAAACAUUAUCGAUUAUAUAUAAUUCAUAAAAUUCCACAAGUUCGAGUAUUGGAUUUUAGGAAAGUAAAGAAAAAGGAGAGAGAUGCUGCAUCUCAAUUAUUCAAAGGAAAGAAAGGAAAACAGUUGGAAAAGGAAAUUGGAAAAAAAUCAAAAAUAUUUGUUCCUGGAGCUCCUUUACCUUCUGGCGUAGCAAAACAACCAUCUGGCGGUCCUGCACCUUCUGAUGUUGAAGCAAUAAAGAAUGCUAUUGACAAAGCUACAACACUGGAGGAAGUUGAAAGAUUAAAUCAGAUGCUAAAAUCUGGACAGAUUCCAGGCAAAGAACCAAAACCAAAUAAAGAGAAAGAUGAAAAGAACGAAGAGGAGGAGGAAGAAAUGGAUACAAGUGGUAUGACUAAUGGUACCUGAAAGACAAAAAUUGUAAUUUUAUAAUUUUCUUUUCACAAAUAUAUUAAAAGUAUAUAAACAUUAUUCUUUCUUACAUUGUAUACUUUAGUUAUUAACUGAUAAGAACAGAAUACAUUUCAAAUGUUAACAAGUUUAAUAACAUUCUUUGAAUAAAUAUCCUUUGAUCAAAGAAGCGUUGAGUGUGUUUUUGUAUAAUUUAAAAAAUUUUAAUAAUUUUUUUGCAUUAAUAUUUUUCAGCAUUUCAUAAAAAUUUACAGCUUUGAUAUAUUAAAAACUAAUAUGAAGUUUAUUCCAAGAAUGAAAGCUAGAUUUAUUUAGAAUCAUUUAUGUAAGCAAAAACAGAUAUUUAAAAAAAAUACAAAUAUUGAAAAUGAAGAAAAAAAGAUCAAGAUUUUUGAAGAAUAGAGAAUUUGAGGAGUAUCAGACUUCUUUCUACAAAUGCACAACUUAGUUCUAUCUGCUUUUUUUACAGUUUGAAACUAAUAAAAGCCAUAUAUUUCCAAAUCAAUAUAUUCCAUUUUGGAAAAAGAAUGCCAUGUAUUAUGUUUUUCUGAAAUAUAAGUGUUUUUAAUUAUUUUAAUUUGGAAAUAGAAAAUGAUAGAUAGGUAGAAAAUCAGAGAUACUUUGUAUAGAAGUAUUUACUUUUUUCUUUUAAAUAGUAAAAAAAAAAAAAAACUUGUAAAAUGUGUCAUGAAUAUGCACAGAGGGCAUAUAAUCUUUCCUCUUGCUCUAGCCAAAUGUAUGUGAGGUGCCCA